AGCUUGUUUUGGCCGGUGGCACGAAAGAUCUCAUGCUCGACGACGUGGAAGGCUUGAAAGAGGUCUGGGAUAAGGGAAAAGCCGUCCAUUGCAUGUUCUGCCAUGGCUACGAGAACCGAGACAAGAAGCUGGCGCAACUGGGGCUGAACCCAAUGGUGGUCCAUGUGCUCGGAGGAAUUGGAACACUGUCGAAGGACGUGACGGUCCUUACGAACGAGCCCGUUGGAGCUUCCGACCCGAAGGUCAUGGACGCGGUCAAGAGCCUGGGAUUCUCUAUCAUCGAGGGCAAAGUAGAGUCGACGAAGCUGACGCAUGACGACGAUAAAGUUGAAAUCGCCGUCAAGGAUGCUGGCAAGACGACAUUCGACGUCCUUCUGUGGACCCCUAGUACAACCGUGUCGGAAGGCGUUCGACCGCUUCUGGACAAUCUCGGUCUCCAGGUCAAGUCGGGAUCGAUGCCGAUUAACGAAUAUGUAGAGCCAAUCAACCCCAUGGGCAAGACGAGCGUGCCCGGCGUCUUUGUCGCUGGUGACAUUCAGACGCCCAUGAAGAGUGUCUCGAUGGCGUUGGCGAGUGGGAGUAUCGCUGGAGCAUUUGCUCACUUUGACUUUGGUCAUUUGUGAGCGCCUCCGUAUCUGCACCUAAAAAGAUCACAAGUCUGCAAUUAGUCUCAUCGUUACUUAUGCUUCUUACCUGCUCAUUAAUACUCAUUGCUCUCUGUCUCUUCCUCGAGUAAUGCUAUCAAAGAAUGGAAGUUUCAGAAGACCAUUAGCUUGCACGAGAGUAGAUAGAUAUCAAUUAGCGAUGAAGGUGCACAUAUUAUU